AUCUUUUUGUUUCUUUGGCAACAGCCUCACGGGGAAGGAGCGCACACGACAAACCGCCUCAGUAAGAAGAAACAGCGGCCAACUGCGUGCCUGCUGCGAUACAGGAGCCUUCACACAAUUCUAUCGUUAGCCCGACCGUUCUUCAACGUCCUGAUCCUCAUCUAGUCCCUCGACCCUCCUAAGCCCGCCAACCUCACGUGCGCGCGCCUUCUCCUCAGUAUGGCCAUGGACGUCAAGGCAGUUGACGCAAAGCGUAAUGACCUGGACAAGGCUAUCCGGGACAACGCACCCGCCAGCGCCGUGCUGAAGAUUCUGAAUGAGCUGAAGGCCGGCAUUGUACCCUCGGAAAAAUUGCUUCGCGAAACCAAGAUCGGCGUAUCAGUAAAUAGGCUGCGAAAUCACAAGGACCCAAACGUGCAGAAGUUGGCCAAUGAAACAGUCACCUCGUGGCGAAAUGCCAUGCGCAAGCAGCAGGCAAGCUCAGGCAGCUCGACGCCAAAACCAAACGGUACGGCGAGUCCCGCGGCGGGAAGCCCGGCCAAUGUCAAACAGGAGAAAAAGGCGUACACGGGAGAUCCACUGAAGAGGAAUGCGGUGGCAGAUAAGAUCGAUUGGAAGGUGACCGGUAGCGCUGUGCGCGAUGGCUGCAUCAAGCUCAUGUAUGAUGGGUUGGCGCAUACUUCUUCAGAACCAUCUUCAGACAUACUCAAUAAAGCCCGGGAAGUCGAGCUGGCAGCGUUCUCCAAGUUCCAACCAGAGACCUCGAGCGCGUACCGUGAAAAGAUGCGAUCCCUCUUCCAGAACCUGAAGAACAAGUCAAAUCCGCAGCUGCGUAUCAACAUCAUGUCCGGCUCCAUCACUGCUGAGAAGUUCGUCGUCAUGACCCACGACGAGCUGAAGUCGGCGGAGCGCAAGGCGGAAGAGGCGAAGCUGGCGAAGGACAACAUGGACAAGGCUAUGGUUCCGCAGGAGAUCAAAUCCGUAUCAGACGCGCUCAAGUGCGGCAAGUGUGGCCAGAAGCGCGUCAGCUACACGCAGGCGCAGACGAGAUCCGCCGAUGAACCUAUGACGACGUUUUGCGAGUGCCUUAACUGCGGGAACCGCUGGAAAUUCUCGUGAGCUGCCGUUGUCUGUUUACCCUUUCACCGUUUCCUUCCCACUGCUGCCUACGCGAUCCAUCGACGUGCCUCGUGGGAGGGGGUUUUCUUUGGGCAAGAGAGCUUGGACUGGCAAAGCAGGAGUCUUGAGUACGGUGCUUGCGUUUUUUUUUUUUUUUGUUUUU